AAUUACAUCGCAUAAAUUAUGUAGUUGAUACACACUCACACACAUACACACACACAGAUGCGCGCGUGUAUAAACAAGAGAAAACGGUAAGAGGAACAAGCUGAGAGACAAAGAGAGAACGAGAGAAGAAAACGAAAGCUGGGGUAAACAAGCGUUGAAGAAGUUCUCUUGAUAACUAACACUAUAUCAUUAUCAUCAAGUUUGAAUUUCACACUGGAGAACGUCUACUGAGCUCUUUAUAUAAAUACCGUUCGAAUCUAACAAGCACGUGAUGAAAAGCCUCAGUGUCUUAUUGUUUUGUGUAUUCGUUUCAUACACCUUCUCGGAUAAAGAAAAUGUUACUCACACAGGAACUGUUGUAAGUUUCACUAUAGUGACUAAAAGUAACACCGUUAAGGGCAUUUUUAACCAAUGUACAAAAGAAUAUUGUUAUCUACACGAACUUAUACCACGUCGUUCUUGCUGUUUAGGUUUAAGAUGUGUUUGUAAAAAGAUAAGGCAUAACUGCUGGUGUAGUUCACAAAAUGUGAUUCAUGUGAUGAAUAACGGCAUGAUACAGACUGUAGCCUCUAUCCUGAGCUCCCUUGCAAUAUUAUACUGACAUUUCACUCGUGUCGUGAGUAUGGAGGAUAGAUAACAUUCGUCAGGUAGUCGACAAGCAAGAAGAAAACUGGUGAGUUCAUGAUGAUACAGCAUCAAAACUAUUUAGCUUUAGCAGCAAUGCGUAAGCGAUAUCAAUGCACAUAAAUUCAACUACUGCUUACGUUUACUAAUAUUACUAUACAUAUUGAUACUAACACAGAUUACCAAAUACUAUAAUGAUAAAUCUAACAGCAUCAAUAAACAUCAAAGAAACUGAACAAUUUACACUUCCGAGCAGGAUUUUGCUUCAUAAUUUCCGGUGGAGAAAAGUAAUUUUUGCUUGAAGAAGAUUUCAAACUGUAGAAUAAAAUAAUAUUUCAAGCUGUAUAAGAGCAAAGAAAAGCUAAUUACCUAAUGCAUAAAGUAAAAUUACUUACAAUUACAAUAUAUUAUAAUUGUAAUUAUCAUUGUUAUAGAAAUUAUCGUAAUAAUUUCUAAUGGAACCAAAAUUAAAUAAAUAUAUCAACCCAGAUAAUA